AUGGCGGACGGAAAAGACGACGGUGAUAAUUGGUGGGGAAGUUGGCUUCAGGCGGCCAAAGAAAAGUCAGCCUCUGCCAUUGCAAUGGUUAAGAAAGACCUAGCUGACUAUACCUGUACCAUGCAGCAGGACACCUCCCAGGUGAUGGCAAUAACAACAGAGAAAAUGAAGGAAAUGCAGGCAAAAGAAGGUGCUCCACGCUAUGGAUUUGCAUCAUUUCUGGAAGACCUAACAAAAUCGCUGGUAGUAGAAGCAGAGGACAAAUAUGAUAAACCAAUACCAGCACCAUCAACUGAUCCAAUGUUUGACAGGGCCAAGGCACGCCUUCAUGCUGUACAAGUUGAUCCUGGUACAUACUGCAACGAACCCUCUGGGGACCCAGAAGUGUUCAAGGAAUGGGUAAAAAAUUUCAGCAUGGACGAGGUGAAAGGAGAUGUAUCUGAACUCUUGGUGUCUAAAGUUGAAGUCCGAGCAUUGUAUACAAAGCUGGUGCCAUCAGAAAUCUCACAUGCAGACUUUUGGCAGAGAUAUUUCUAUAAAGUGAACCAGCUUCACCUGGACGAGGCACGUAAACUGGCUUUGAUGAAGCGAGCAGAGCGGGCAGAAGUUAAAGAAGAUUCUAUUAGUUGGGAUGACAGUGAUGAUGAAGAUGUACGGGAUAAUAAAGAAAAGAUUAAGGGUGUACAUUCCCCAGAUAAUGCUUCCACUAAGGAACGACUAGCUCCAACACCUGACACUUUGCCUGAGAAACAACAGAAAACCCAGCCAGAACUAUGUACAAGAACAGAGACUUCAGAAGAACAGACAACGCCUUCAGUAAUCACUAAUCCAUCUUUACAAAAUAUACCCACUCUAAAUAAUGAAACAAAAAUACCCACAGAAAACAAAGAAGUUGAAACACGUUCCAUACAGAAGGAAGAAAAAUGUGAUAAAGACUCCAUGGUUGAAAAGGGAACAGAAGCAGAUUUAAAAUCAGAACAGAUCUUGAAAGUUGAAUCAGACUUAAAAUCAGAAAUUGAGCAAAUACCAACAGAACUUGUGGAAGAAAAUAAAACAAUUACUGAUGUAAAUGGAAGUGAAAAUAUUACACAUGGUGAUCGGGCCUCCCUGGAGAUAUGUGUAAAGGAGAAAGGGGACGUAGUAGUGGUGAACCCUGAUCGUGACUCGCCCUCAACAGAAUCUGAGGGAAAGAAAGAUGCUGUUAGUACUGAUGAUGACUGGGAACAAGACUUUGAUGUUGAACUUACAGAAGAAGAUAUGAAGGCUGCUGAUGAAAUUGCCAAAAAACUUAACUUAUCAGCGACAGAUUAUACUAAGCUAACCGGUGAUGUGGGCGAUGACUGGGAGAGUUGGGAAUGAUGGAGAUAAUUUGGAUGACAACAAAUACGUACAUGAAGGACAAAUUUGGUAGAUUAUGCAUAAACUUGAAAAGUAUAUACAUGGGAUAAAGACACCAUACAUAUAGUGUUCUAACAGUGUGAAAUUGAUGCCAGCAUUUUACCAUGUUAGUAUUUAGGAGUACUUUUAGCAGUACACGGACCAAACAUCUUCGGCAAGGACAUCAAAUGUCGAUUUUUGUAGACUUCCUGUACUUUGAAUUUAUAGAUAUUUGUAAGAACUUUUAGUAGUUCUUAGUGAUUUGUUAGGAUCUAAAUGUACAGAUGUGACACUAGAGGGAUCAGCUUCGAUAAAAACACAUUAAAUGUUUGUAUUUCUGGUAAUCUGGUAUUAACAGUGGAACUUAGCAUCUCUGAAAUCUUUGUAUUUUGAAGUGAUGUACAGAAUUCUUAUGAUUUCUAAAUACAUCACUAAUGCAUAUCAGCUAGUGGUUUCAUUUUGCCAUCAGCUGUAGAAAUGUCCUUGGACAGAUUUGUGUUUAUUUUGUUUUGAGGAAGUGAUGAUAAAGCAUUUAUGUUGGAGGGUACUUAGAAAAUAAUUAUCUUCAUCACACAAUAAAUUAUUACCAAUUUUAUACUUAAUUAUUCAAUAUAUUGUACUGUUCUUGGUUAUGCCAAUUAUCCUCUCACUUGUAUUAAUAUGUUUUGUUAUAUCACUGAGUGAUGGAGGGAUUAAUUAAUGCUAUAACAUCAGUUGGCUGUGAAUAUCCUUUCUUUUUUAAUGAAGAUUUGAACAUGGUUCUGAUGACAAAUGUUUGCUUGCAAAUGUGUGUUUAAAGUGUUGUUGACCAAUCACUUGUUCAAAGAGUUAGUGCUGUUCAAAAAAUGUUUGAAAGAGAUGUUAUCUUUGUGAAUUCAAAGUUAAUGACACAUUAUAGCUCCAAUCAAAAUUUGUCAGCAGGAUUUUCAAGUCACUGUACAUGACUUCAGGGAACCCUAUUUUCACAUUUGUCCACUGUGACACUUACUGAUCUACACCAGUUGAUCAUAGUGCUAUUCUGUUAGAUUUAUUGAAAGCAUUGAAAUACUGAAAUAGUGGUUGAAUAUGGUUGUUCAUGAAUGAAACGUGAUGUAUUGUGAAAGGUUCUUAUUUGUGAUGCCAGUCACUACUAAAGUGAGGCCUACACCAACAUAGCAAAGUUCAUGAUGGAGGGCACUUUCCGAAAAGAGGUAUAUAAGACACUGAGGGAUAUUUUUGUCAUGUUUACAAGUUUUAUCAAAUAAUUUCUUCUGAUUAUUUCUGUUGAACUAUUAGUCAAAUUUGAGUCAUUGAUGACUAAGUAAGUAUCUUAUGUGGUAGAUACAAAUGAGGUAGAGGGUAGUACAUUUUUGUAUCAUAGUCAUACAGGAUAAUCUACACUAGCUUUGGUCAAUCUUUGGUGGUCUUCAGGUGCAUACCAUACAUGCCCUUCACAGCUAUCAUUAUUGUUAAAGUUUACUGAUGAUCGCUUUUUGGGCUGCUGUGAUAUAGAUUGUUUUUUGUUGAAAUACGGAACCUGCAGUUUCCUACUAAAUUCUGAAUUAUUGCUAUUACAAAUCUAAAUAGGUAGAAGUUACACUUCCAUUGACAUGAAACUAAGCUGUCAAGAACAUGUUUUUGAAUCAGUGUUAAUAACUUGAAAGUUAUGCUGGAAGGGUGAUUUAUAAGGAUAUAAAUAGAAAUUUGACAACAUAAUAGAUUUAGAGGCAUUUAAGAAAUAAUUGGAGUGCUUCAUUUUUUUUUUUUUCAUCACAGUAAGGAACAAAGUAAUUGUACCUAUAGGGAAGAGCAUGGUUUGUGUUAAAUGACAUCUAUAUGUAGUAUUCAUAUAUAUAACACUAUAUAAGUAAAUGUAUUUUUAAUUUACUCAUUACCAGUUAUUCCUUGUUUAUUUUGUUCUUUUCCCAGUGCUUAAUUUUAAAAUGCUUUUUUUUGGUUCUGUUGAUUUUAUUAUUUAAACCUUCUUGAAUGAUACGUAAAUGUAUCACAUGUAUUGUUUAUUGUGAUAUGUUGGGAUGUGGUACCUGUUUACAUAUAAGGUUAUUAUAUACCACAAGUACUUCCUUGUUAUGUACAGAUGUCUUACUGGUAUCAGUAAACCAUUACACCUA